UGAUACAGGGAGCCAGUUUGUACCGUUGUGAUUCAUUAUAUUUCUGUCUCCUUUCUCCACAGUCCCAGAAAUCCUGGAUAGAAAGCACUUUCACCAAGAGGGAAUGUGUCCACAUACUUCCAGUGUCGAAAGACCCCCACAGAUGCCUUCCAGGAUGUCAGAUCUGCCAGCAGUUGGUGAGAUGCUGCUGUGGUCGGCUGGUACGGCAGCAUGCUGGGUUUACAGCCAGCCUGGCCAUGAAGUACUCAGACGUGAACUUGGGUGGGGGGGCAGAGGGUGGGGUGCAGCCGGAGUUGGAGGAGUGGGCUGUGGACAAACACACACAGGAGAGCCCUACAGACGCUUACGGCAUCGUUAACUUCCAGGGAGGGUCGCACUCUUACAGAGCCAAGUAUGUGCGUCUGUCCCAUGACAGCAGGCCAGAGAGCAUCCUGAGGCUGAUGCUGAAUGAGUGGCAGAUGGAGCUUCCUAAGAUCCUCAUCUCUGUCCACGGAGGCAUCCAGAACUUUGACCUGCACCCCCGAAUCAAACAGGUGGUGGGGAAGGGCCUGAUCAAAGCGGCUGUCACCACCGGGGCAUGGAUACUGACAGGAGGGGUUAACACAGGUGUUGCCAAACAUGUGGGUGAUGCGUUGAAGGAACACUGUUCUAGAUCGUCAAGGAAGAUCUGUACAAUUGGAGUCGCUCCCUGGGGCGUCAUUGAGAACCGCAAUGACCUCAUCGGGAGAGACGUUGUAGCCCCCUACCAGACGUUGCUGAACCCCCUAUCCAAGCUCAACGUGUUGAACAACCUCCACUCCCACUUCCUACUGGUGGAUGAUGGGACGGUGGGGAAGUACGGAGCUGAGGUCGAACUACGCCGCGAGCUGGAAAAACACAUCAAACUGCAGAGGAUACACGCACGAAUUGGUCAGGGUGUUCCUGUGGUAGCGCUGAUAUUUGAGGGGGGUCCCAACGUAAUUCUGACGGUGUUGGAGUACCUUCAGGAGACUCCCCCUGUUCCUGUGGUGGUCUGUGAGGGGACUGGGCGUGCUGCUGACAUACUGGCCUACGUCCACAAACAGACUGAGGAGGGGGGGGGUCUACCUGACGGUGUGGAGACGGAAAUCAUCGCUACGAUCAAAAAGACGUUCAACUUCAGCCACAGCGAUGCUUUGCACCUCUUCCAGACCCUUAUGGAAUGUAUGAAGAGCAAAGAACUGAUCACUGUGUUUCAUAUCGGCUCUGAGGACCACCAGGAUAUCGAUGUGGCCAUACUGAGGGCAUUACUGAAAGGUGCGUGUGUAGUGUGUGUGUGUGUGUGUGUGAUGGGUAACUUCAUCUCAGUGUCCUGCUGUUUGACUGACAGAAGAUCUGUGCCCAUGACUCCUCUCUGA